GUUUUUUAAAUCAGUCUAUGUGCGGAUCUGCUUUCGCGUUAUCAUUUAUCUAGUUCAGAAUUCAAAAAUAAUAGUAGAUUUUCGUACUUAUAAUUGAAAUUUGAUUUCGUGAAUCAUUGUAUUGCAAUAUGCCGUCAGUCCUUAAGUGCUUUAUUGUUGCCAUUUUGGUGCAACAAAUCGUCAUGACAUCUGCUGGAAAGAGCAAACGUGUCAAAGAAUUGUUGGAUAUGGAUAACACUGAUUAUUUUCAAUGCAAAACAGCCUCUAAAAAGUCAUGCUGCGGUUCAAAAAACCCUUUGAAAAAGUUUGACAAAGCGGACGAAAGUAUAUCUGACGAAUGUCACAAAGAAGUUGCAGAAAAAUUCAUAAACUCUACUCAGACAGCAAAACAAGAUGCUAAGCCAGAUCUUUUCUCAUCUGAAGCUGUCAAAAUCACCAAAAAGAAAAUAUUUUGUUUAGGAGAAUGUAUCGGAAAAAAAAAAUUACUGCUUAACGAUGAUGGUUCACUUAACAAAACAGCAAUCUCUGAAUUCGCCUUAAAUGAUUUGUUUAAAGAGGACUGGCAGAAAAAUAUCGGACAAAAAGCACUGAGCAAAUGUCUCGAAGAAAUCUAUACUCCAUGGCCGAAAGAUGAUACAGAAAACAAAUGCAAUCCCGUAUACGUGCAAUUCGUUCACUGCAUGUGGUUGGAAUACGAAACGAAUUGCCCAGCCAAUCAUCGCAAAAGCAGCAAAAAAUGCAACAAAAUUCGUAGGCGUUACAGAAUGGAUACCUCAUCCUCUGAAAAUGUUAGCUCUUCUUCCUCUUAGAUAAGUCAUUCCUGUUCAACAAUUCUCAGAAAUUAGUAGCGAAAGUUUAUAUUUAAAGUCAGCGACAUCAGCUUCUUUCUCUGAGAACGUGUUAUUUUAUUUCACAUCUAUUUUAUUAUUAUUAUUAUUAUUUUAAUUUAUUUUAAACACUUAAAUUAUACUAAUUUUAUAAGAAACUUUCAAAGUAGACAACAAUUCAAAUAAAACAACGACUAAUAAAGGUGGCGUGUAAAAACGUCACCAACAACCCAUGUUUUUUUUUUAAUUCAAAUGAACCUGUUCAAACUGAAUACAACAAAUAAUUAUUCUUUUACCUUUAUUAAGGCUUUGACCAUGUUAUUAACUAUUCUAAAACUCAGUUAGCCUGCUCCAAGUACCUGUGUAUGCGAUUUAUAUUUAUACAUAUAUAUAUUUUAUUAUUAUUAAAUACAGUAAUUAUUACAUUUUA